UUUACCUGUUAAUCUAUAUAUUUCUCCUUUUUCCCCCCUUCUCUUUCUAGGUUGUCAUUCUAUUCUGGACAUUCUUCCUUUGCGAUGUACUGCAUGUUGUUUUUAGCGCUCUACAUUCAGGCCCGGCUGGUUGGCAGAUGGGCUCGGCUGCUGCGCCCGACUCUCCAGUUCUUUCUCCUCUGCUUCGCCAUCUACGUGGGCUACAGCCGAGUGUCGGACUACAAGCACCAUUGGAGUGAUGUGCUGGUUGGCCUUUUGCAGGGAGGACUCAUCGCUAUUCUUACGGUCCGCUACAUCUCCGACUUCUUCAAGGAGAGGCCCCAGUCACCGUGUGCCGAACAGGACCUCGGGCGUAAACCCAGCAUCCCCCUGCCGCUAAGCGAGUCGGAGUGUAACCACUGCAACUAUCGUGUCCCUGUGUGAACGGGGCGAUUUUGAAUUGUUUUCAUUUCAGCAGCGAACACGUAAUCCACAUCCCUCCUCCUCCGAUGCAUUUCUACUUUUGAACUUGUCCAACGAAGAAGGGAAAACUGGGAGAUUUCCCCCCCCCCUCUUUCGUUCUUCUUUUUCGUUCGUUUUUUUAAACCCUUUUGUUUAUUUUUUUUAUCACACCCGAUGCUACUGCACAGCACAAACACAACACAAGUUUGACACUUGGAAAAAGCCUGCCUCACCGCCACAUAAGCCGGGGCAGAAUCUGAAAAUGUUCAAAUCUUUUUGUUCUCUUGUUGGAAGACUUCUGGACAAAUUCUUUUCCGCGUAGGGGGUAAAAAUCACACACCGGUGUUGUGUAUAUUCCACUCGAUGGCCGGCAUUUUAUCUGGACUUCGCUCUUGGCUUUGCAAAAGUUUGCAACUGCUUGCUUUGAAAAAGUUAGUGGGUGUCUCAUAAUCCCUCUCCCCAAAACUUUGGAAGGAUUCCCGAGGAAAGGCACCGAAAUUGGUGUUUUUUUUAAACACCUUUGAGUGUUUUUCUGACAUUUUCCUUUAAUUUAGUACUUUUUAUAGGGGCCCAAUGGGGGAUCGAAAAGGGAUUUGUGUUUGAAUGCAGACAAACUGUCUGAAAUGACUUGGGGUUUGAAAUAUUUGAUCUGGGGUGUCCAAUCUUGGCAACAUUGAAAACCCGUGGACUUCAACUCCCAGAAUUCCCCAGCCAGCCAUGGAAUUCCCCCCCCUCCCAGCCAGGAAUUCUGGGAGUUGAAGUCCACGGGUCUUCAAAGUUGCCAAGUUGAAUAUCCUAGAUUUUCUCCAUAAAAAGCAAAUUGUCACCCAGAUAAUAUCUUAAAAUUUAGUCUGGGUUGAGCGACCAUAAGAAGUACCAAUACUGGAUAUCACUGACGUUUAUUAAACUGCUAAAAUGAGGCGAGGGAGUCCUAUCUCUCCAAUAUCAAAUUUUUGUACAGGUGGGUUUGUAUUUCCCGAUGGAUAAAAUCGAGCAAGAUUGAAUAAAAUUGAAACGGACUUUUUAAGUCA